AUGCUUUCGCUCAACGCAUACAUAUUUCUCAGUUUUCUGGCGCCUGUGGUGUUCGCUCUGGACUACGCCCACGUCUACCGCGAGUACUUCACGACGGUGGUGGAGCUGACCAACUCCUCGCUCUUCCGUCUGCUGGGGGUCAAUGCCUUCAUCGCGAGCGCCUUAUUGUUUUGGCUCAUCGCGUGUCGCGUUUUCUUCGGCAAGUUGAGCCACACCGAAAGGGAGUUGAUGCGCGGCUCUGUCCCGUUGCACAUCGCCGAGUGUGUUGUGGGGCCUCUCUACUUCGGGGUGGAGCUGCUUGGCACGUGCGGCGUGGCCGCGCUGUUCACGGUGGUGUUGGCCCUGCUGCACGACGUCGCGCGAGAACGGACCACGACGCUUCACAUUGUGGAAUCGCCGAGGGAGCGGCGCUGCAUGCUGUGCGGCUUGACACUUUUCCUUCUGAUGGCCAUGCCGCUGGACCUGUACUUUGUCUUAGAUGUAUUUGUGAACACCGCAAGGCAGCCGGAUGCGUACUUAACGCUCAAGUACUCGGCGGCCAUCAUGUACCUGCAGUUCGCCAUAUCUAACGUCAACCUCCUCGUGCGCUUGUUCUUCGCGGAGGUGGUGGAGGAGUCCGAACACGGCGCGUUCGCCUUCUACACCGAGCUCUUCUUUUCCAUCCUUAAAAGUGGCGUCUUCAUCGUCUCCUUUGCGUUCGUGUGUCUUGUGUCCCAGGCGCCAUUCCCGCUGCUGCGGGUGCUGAUCACGAGCGUGGUGGACGUCAUCAAUAGGGUCCAGAGCCUGCUGACGUACCUCACGCUGACGAGGUUCGUGCACAGCAUGAAAAACGCGACAGCGGAGGUGUUGGCCCGCGACUCCUGCUGCGCCAUUUGCCAGGACGAAAUGAAGCCGGAGCAAAACUGCAAGCAACUCCCCUGCGGCCACUGCUACCACGAACACUGCCUGCGACGCUGGUUUGAGGGGAUGUCGACGUGCCCGUACUGCAGGGCUGACCUUAUGCUGCAAAUGCGGCGGGCGAACGCAGCUGUGCAAUUUUUCCACGCCGCCCCGCAGCCGGGGCAGCAGCAACAGCCGCAGCAACAGCCGCAGCAACAGCCGCCGCCGCCGCCGCCUUUGCCUACUCCGGCCACUCUCCGUCAAGGAGAGGAUGCUGUGACGGGUGCUCCCCAAAACCCUGCCCGCGAGGCGUACCAACCACCUGACGAGGAAGAAAUACAGCAGGCCUACAAACGCUACCGAGAGACGAGACUGCAAGCCAUAUUGGUUGCGCGCGAAAGCACAAAUCAGCUUGGGGAGCAGCCGUCUGCGGCUGCUGCUUCCGGAGGCUUCCGCCCCCCACGUUCGGAGGCACACGAGGAGGCCGCCACGUUUGAGCCUCGGGCUGGUGCAGCCGCUGAUGUUAGCUCCCCUCGUUGUAGUGCAGAUUGCACAAACGAGGGGCAUUUUGGCGAAACAGGCGCUGAAGCCAUUGCGCAGUUGCGCAGAAAAGACCACCAGCGGUUAGCUGCCUACAGGGAAUACGAAGAAACUGUUCGGAGGGCGUCCGGCAAGCUGCGGCAACGUUUAUUGGACAUUGAAAAGUCAUUCUAG